CUUUGCGUAUCCGAUUAAGGCAUUGGCGCCAGCAGUUCUAGAAAGCGUCGAAUAAGGUUUCGAAGAUGUUUCUGAAUACCUUUGCGAAUUUGGUUUUGAUGGCGAUGAUGUUGCAAUUCCUCAUUGUAGAAACACAAUUGACUUCAGCAACACCAGAACAAGCUAAUAAUAUAGGUUCGGUGCAGUUAUCAACCGUAUGCUCCAAUACGGUGGAUUCAAAUAUGAAUUUGUUAUUCGACAAGACGUCUCGUUUAUAUCCAGAAUUGAACAUCUUUUUUUCAGCCGUACGAAACAAGGGAAAGAAGGAGUUAGACCGCAGCUGUACAAACUCGCGUGGUGAUUUCAUGGAAUACCAAACUGCUGAAGUAGGAAAUACUGAGAAGACGCUAGUAAUCAAUCACCAAAUGGUCAUCGAGAAAAUUAAACUCUAAGACAAGGAUCAGCAGAAAUGGAAGUGAAUUAUAAACAGAAUUAUGACAUUCUCUGUCUUCAUUGAUCAAGAGAAUAGAUGUAACGUUCUGUUGACUAUUGCCUUCAAAAUAUAGAUGUUAAAUCAAUUAUUCAAAUAUAUAUUUAGUUUAGAUGACAGCUACUUUAUCAUUACA